GCUUUGAAGUUUGGAGUACAAUAAAUCUUUUGAUUUUUAGAUCUCAUCCAUUGAUGAUUGAAGAUGCAUUUGUCCAAUCAAUAAUUUGUUGUAGUACUGUACUGUGAAGCAGUAGGCUAUGUAGAUCUUGAUACUCUGUCCAGAUAGCUAAAGACCGAUUUUUGGACAAGGGCAAUUCCUCUGUUUCUUGAAGAUAGAUGUGCUCUGACUGCUUGCGACAUUCAUCUUUUACAGUGGAUUAUGUUUACAGAGAAUUUGUGUCUUGUGACAGUAGACCAAGAGUGAAUGAAUUGUCGCAAAUCAUCAUCAGAAAUUGUGACAUUACUGUAUGAAUCUAGAGUACUGAUACAGAGCUUUCUCCCAACUUUGAUGUUUUGUGGCACUACUUUAGAUUGUACAUUGUAGAUGUUAAGAUUUGUGGACUCCAGCAUCCAGAUUCCCAGAAGUGAACCGAUUGUUCUUGUUAACUGAGAGAAAGGAGAUCAUAGACUUUACGUACAUAUAGACAAAACAAAAUGUAGUGACUAGUGUCAUACCCAGAAGAUAGAUCUCCAAGGUCUUGGAAAGUAUAGCUGCAGUCAAAUGCUUUCUUGGCCUGUUGACCCAGAGAAUGAUAGUUUGAAACUAUAUAAUUUUAUAGGGUGGAUGCCAGUUAUGUAGCACAGGACUGACAUACAUUUUUCUAAUAUUGACAAGAAUCAAAAUUUCAGCAAGCUUGCUGGGAGACGACCUACUCCACAAGGAUUAGACAAGCAAAAUGGGAGGAAUGAAUGGCCGUGUUCAUGAUGCAGCAGAAUGGAAAGUUUGUGAACUGGCUUCAUCAGAGACCCUUAGCGCAGUAGACGGCAGUGGAGCGGUCAAACUACGGGAAUGUGACGCCAAGUUCAACCACACCCCCAACACAGUGCAUGGUCUCUUCCACCGGAUACAGAGUGGAUAUCCAGACAACAUCGCCUUGGCGGUUAAAAGGAAUGGCGAAUGGAAAAAAUGGACGUAUAAACAAUAUUGGGAUGAGAGUAGGGCCGCGGCUAAGUCGUUUCUGAAGCUUGGUCUUGAGAGGUUCCAUGGCGUGGGUAUUAUUGGUUUUAAUGCACCCGAGUGGUUCCUGUCAAGCAUGGGAGCAAUGUUUGCUGGUGGAUUUGGGGUUGGCGUCUACACCACAAACUCUCCAGAGGCAUGCCAGUAUGUGGCAGGUAACUGCAAAGCCAACAUCAUCGUGGUAGAGAAUUCCAAACAACUACAGAAGAUAUUGAAGGUUUGGGAUCAGUUGCCCCACCUGAAGGCAGUUGUCCAAUACACUGGUACACUGGAUGAGAAGAGGGAGAAUGUAUAUGAGUGGGAAGAUUUCAUGAAGCAAGGAAGUUAUAUGACAGAUGAUGAAUUGGAUCUCAUCAUGAAGAGCCAAGCCGCCAACCAGUGCUGUGCACUCAUCUAUACAUCAGGUACUACAGGCAAUCCUAAAGGAGUCAUGAUUAGUCAUGAUAAUUACACCUGGAUUUCUGAACGUUGUCUCUCUCAAGUGGACAUUCCCUUUGGCAGUCACAGGGUGGUCAGUUACUUGCCAUUGAGUCAUGUAGCAGCUCAGGUCUUUGAUAUCUAUUUCCCUCUCCAUCUUGCUGGCACUACUUACUUUGCCCAACCAGAUGCUCUCAAGGGCUCCCUUGUUGACACACUCAAAGAAGUGAGACCGACAAGUUUCCUUGGCGUACCCCGUGUCUGGGAGAAGAUUCAUGAGAAGAUGCGUUCCGUUGGUGCCAAUGUUACUGGAGUAAAGAAACGCAUUAGUGUAUGGGCCAAAGACAUAGGAUACAGAGGCAACGUGGCCAUUGCUAAUAGCUCCAUUAAACCCAGAAGACCUAACAAAGUGCAAAGACAAACAUUACCAUGGGGAUGGACGGUUGCUAAUCUUGUGGUAUUCAGAAAGGUUAGAUUGGCACUGGGACUUGACAAAUGCAUGUACAACUUCUCAGCAGGAGCCCCCUUAUCUAUGGAAACAUUGGAGUACUUCCUCAGUAUCAAUAUACCUGUCUAUGAUAUCUAUGGCAUGAGCGAAAGCACAGGUCCUCACAGCUUCUGCUUACCAGGUAAAUUCAGGAUUGGUAGUUCAGGGACAACGUUCCCUGGAUCCAAGACAAAGAUCUCAGACCCAGACAGUGACGGUAAUGGUGAGGUGUGCUACUAUGGACGUCAUCUUUUCAUGGGCUAUCUUAACAUGCAAGAGAAGACGGAUGAGGCUAUUGAUCAGGAUGGAUGGCUUCAUUCAGGAGAUUUAGGAUACAUUGAUCAGGAUGGAUUCUUAUUCAUCACAGGCAGAAUUAAAGAGCUGAUCAUCACAGCAGGAGGAGAAAACAUCCCUCCCAUUCCUAUUGAGGACAACAUUAAGAAAGAAUGCCCUCUUAUCAGUAACUGUAUGCUGAUUGGAGAUAAGAGAAAGUUCCUCUCUAUGCUUGUUUCACUCAAGGUUGUGAUUGAGGAGAAAACUGGUGAGUGUACCCAAAAGUUGACAAGAGAAGCUCUUCAGAUCCUCUCUCCACUUGGUAGCAGUGCUACGACUGUUGAGAUGGCAAAGAAGGAUGACAUCGUCAAGAAAGAGAUCCAGAGGGCAAUCAGCGAGCAUAACAAGUCAGCGACAUCAAGAGCACAGUGCAUACAGAAGUUCCACAUCCUUGAUAAGGACUUCACAGUUGCCGGAGGAGAGCUUGGUCCCACGUUAAAACUGAAGAGACCGAUUGUCAACAAGAUGUACAAAGCUGAGAUCGAUGCGCUCUAUGAAGACGCAGCAACACCGAAGGAUUAACCUGUACUCCUCUAAAAACUUAUUCCCAUGGAAACUACUUGUAAAUAGCCUUUGUAAAUAAAUAUGUUAAAGUGCAUUAUUCCAGAUAGCGUAUAUAUUUUGAAAGUAUUGAUGCAUACUAGUGAAUUGUAGAUACGUUGAAUAAUAAAAGCUGUGCACAGACUGAAAGUUACUAGAUAUCUUCCAUUUAUCGUUUUUUUUUUAUUCUCUUGUUUUCUUUGUUUUUUUUUCGAUAUCAAUAAUUUUGCUUGGGAAUUCAGUAUUUAAUGAUUAAUUGUUCACAUUAAUGCGUACUUGUUACAUCUGAUUAAUUGGCUAUUCUGCAUUGCGGGUGCAUACCUCCUUCAAUUGAAGCAGGAAGCUAUGCAGGGGCCUAUUGCAGAAAGACUUGCGUUUAAACGCAAGUCAAAAUAUCAAGCGCAAGUCCUGAAUAUGGAUGCUUCAUUGGUUGAAAAUCAAGUUGCGCAUUAAUUUUUGAGUUGCAUUUGAUCACAACUCUUUCUGCCACAGGGCCCCAGGUCUCAUAGACUUUUAACAUACUAGGUUCAUGUAAAGCGAGUACUUAGUUCUAUGCUACAUUGAAAAUGCAUGCUUGAUUGCAUAUGUAUGAUAUCUUCAAAAGGUUGAAGAGCGCAGAUUUAUUGUAAAUUUGUUCAUUAUUUUAAGAAAUAAAUAUCCUCAAUUUCAUCUAUUGUACGUAUAUUCUCGAUUGAUAUAAGGGUAAUAUCAGACAACAUCAAUUUCAAUUGUAACAAGAUCUUCUAUUAUUCAUGGAGCAAAUUUGUACAAAUAUUUAUGUUCAAUUAUUUAUUUGAUUUUGCUUGCUGUUUGUUUCGAAUAUACAUGUAAAUCUGCCGACUUGUUUGGAUUCUGCUUUGAAAUGAAAUUAGAACUUUUGUGGACUUUGUUGUAUAAUGGAGAAAAAUUGUAUUCAACACAAAAUAUUGGGUUGAAAUAUCUUGCCACUUGUAUGUUUCCAUGUGGUAUUAUUAAAAAGGGUAUUUGUAUCUUGCAAUAAUGAUUUGGUGCUGCAAGAUAUUUGUUUUCACUGUCAUUUAAAAUCUUGGGGUGUAAAACAAAUUAUACAGAUUAUUGUAGUUGAAUAGCAAAACAUAUGUGUAAAUGUGUUAUGCAUAAUUAUUUGUUGUUAGGAACUUACUACCAAGUAUGUUAAGGAAUAAUACCAGCUGGCAUUCUGUGUUUUUAUAAUGAGUUAAAGGAUAGCUUGUCUUCGCUAUAUUAUAUACUCACAAGAUUCAUUUCAAUAUAGAGAGGGACAAACACAUGUGAAUAAUAUAAAGCACUUUAGAAUGAAUUCCCUUUUUGAUGAAUGAAAGCUGUCAAAAUAUUUAAGGGAUGCAAAUUUUCCUGAACAUGUUAUGUUUUGUCCAAAUCAUGAUUAUGUAAUACUCUGUGUCUAACAUCAGCAGGUCAUUUGUGAAUCAGUUUGGAAUAAUUGCCAAUUGGAAGUCUUUUCUGUGUUCUUAAUUACGGAGUUUACAGUAUAGAAUGUUAGCAUUCCUGAUGUACUGGUAUCAGUUUAUAGAAUACAGGUAUCAAAUAUGACCAAUAUAAAUACAAUAGUUACAAAAUAACUUUAUAUUUUUAUUGUACAGUGUGCAUAUGAUUUGAACUUGUACUUGAGGGAUGAAAUAUUCUUGUGUUUGUUUAAAGCAAAAUGCAUAUGAAUGAGAAGGCUCUGCAAUGUUCUGACAUGUUCAGGUUUGUAAAUUAUACAGAUAGGAAUGAGUUUAUAUGUAUAUAGAUAAUGUAUGUACAUUAUUUUGAAAUGCAGUUUCCCUAUAUAGUGUUUUAAUUUAUUUUACGAGUGAUCCUCUUUUUUUUUUCUUUGUUGAGUCAAAAAUCUCAAUGCCCCCAUACAUUAUACUCAUUUUUUUUAAAUCAAAAUUAUGGGUGAAUUACAUUGCUGUAUUCCCUAGUUUUAUGUUUUGUAAAAAGAAAUAAAUCUUGCUUUACUUGUGAAUGCGACUCUCUUGUCAAUAUUUGAUCAUUAUGUUGUGUGCAAGGCACAUUGCAUCAAACACAUUUAUGUAUUUUACAAGUGCCACAUCACUGUAGACAUUGUCAUAUGUGAUCAUUUUUAGGGUUUCAAGAGCAACUCUCCUGUUUUGCAAAUUAAUCAUCUGCACAUUUCUGCUGUGUAUUUCAUUUUUGUUUGCAAAUUCAGUUUUCUGAUUUUGAAAGUGGAUCAGGAAUUUAUCAUGGGCUUGUUUAUUAAUGUAUGAUGUUUUUAUCAUAGAUAGAAAGAUACAUUGUAUAAGAUUUUUUUCCUCUCUACUGAUGUAUACACAAAAAUCCUCAGUGAAAUUACUCAUACUUUAUGUGUGCACCUGUACUUCAUAUAUUUGUACACAAAUUUUGUAUUGUACUCAAAUAUCAAAUUAAAUGGUGCAUAGCAAAGUCAUGUAUACCUUGGAUCUAAUUGAGACAAUGAGAAUGUACACAAUAUGUAAUUCGAAAUUAGUAAUAUAUGCACGUGAAAAUCGUUUAAUCGUGUGUGAGCCUAGUCUGUGCCUAUAUACAAAAUGAUGUCAUCAUUUGGUGGUAGUUUGGUGUUAAGAUUAAUACAAUUUGAUUUUUCUUCUUGGGUAAGGAAGGCGAUUCAUUGUUUAGUUUGUCAAUUCACCCUACCUGUUUAUGUGUUGAAUCGUAUGUUACUGCAUAGCAAUAUGGCAUUACUAAAAUAUUCAUGGAAGUCCAGUUAGUAAGAUUCUGAAAAAUAUAUGUAAAUAAAUGCUUCAAUUCAAAUUUUGAAAAGCAGGCUGAUUUUUUGGAACAGAUUUGUGUACUUUGCAAAAAAAUAUAUAUAUUGAUAUGUUAACCAUGGCUCUAGAUCACAAAUUGACAGUGUUAUGCAUUUAUGUUGUCUUGCUGCCCUCAUGAUAAAAUGAUAUAAAGAAUAUCAAAUAUGUGUUCCGAGAUUCAAUUUGCCCUUCAUCUUCACUGGUGUAUACAUUUUAAGCAGUUACAAUUUUACUUUGAAAUAUAAAACAAGAUUGGACAUUAGUAGCAUUCCAGCUGGCAAUUUCAAUCCGUGUAAUACAAGCAAGCGUGACCUUUAUCCUGUGCAUUUUAAUUAGGGUACGGGUUACACUAAAUUGAAAGAUCAAAGGCAGGCAUUUCCAUUGAAAAUAAGGGGGUAAGUAGUUCUUGUUUGAUCUAUUGAUACACUGUAGUGUUAAUUGAUAACAUCAGGGAAACUAGAUUUGUUUUGGGGCUGUGAAGCAUUGGAAUGAAAUGUUGUUUGAUGCAAUAAUAUAAAACUAUGUUUUCUUGUUACUGAUGUGUUAUGUGAAUAAAAUACAAUAAUAGGAACAAAAUAUA